UUUUUAACCCAAAAAUGGAGGCACCCAAGUGAUCAGAGUGACUCUCUCUCUCUCUCUCUCUCUCUCUGUUUAGGGUUUUGCUUCUCUGGGGAAGGAGCAGAAGCGGCGCCAUGACUCAGACUCAAGAAGAGCUCCUCGCUACCCACCUGGAACAGCAGAAGCUUCACCCAGAGGAGCCAGUUCUUGAGGAUGAUGAUGAGGAUGACGAUGAUGAUGACGAUGAUGAAGAUGACGAGAAAGAUGAGCAUGCUGAAGGGCAGCAUGAAGGUGAUUCCGGCAGGUCCAAACAAAGCAGAAGUGAGAAAAAGAGCCGCAAGGCUAUGCUGAAGCUUGGCAUGAAGCCUGUUCUGGGAGUCAGUCGGGUCACAAUCAAGAAGAGCAAGAAUAUUUUGUUUGUUAUUUCAAAACCUGAUGUCUUCAAAAGCCCAGCUUCAGAUACCUACGUUAUUUUUGGUGAGGCCAAAAUUGAAGAUUUAAGCUCUCAGCUGCAAACGCAAGCUGCCGAACAGUUCAAAGCUCCCGAUCUGAGUCAUGUGAUCUCCAAGCCUGAAACUUCAUCGGCUGCACAAGAUGAUGAAGAUGUUGAUGAAACUGGAGUUGAGCCCAAGGACAUUGAGCUUGUGAUGACACAAGCAGGGGUGUCAAGGGCCAAGGCUGUCAAAGCUCUUAAAGCAGCUGAUGGCGACAUUGUUACUGCUAUUAUGGAGUUAACAAACUAAGUAAACAGUCCAGUUUUUGUAGUUGAAUUUGAUACCUUGUUGUAUGAUGUUCACUUUGUUUUUCCCUCCGAGUUUCAGAACAAUUGCUUUCCCAUUUUAUAUGACUUUUUAGAGGCUGCUUGGUUCUUA